GUAGCCGCACCCCGAACCCCGCUCCGGCUCCUCGGCAGAGGGCUCGCUGCCGCAAUGUCUACCGCCGGGCCUCUCAAAUCCGCGGACUACGAGGUGUUUGGGCGAGUGCAGGGUGUUUGCUUCAGAAUGUACACAGAAGGCGAGGCAAAGAAGAUAGGCGUGGUCGGCUGGGUGAUGAACACCAGCAAAGGCACUGUGACAGGCCAAGUCCAAGGCCCGGAAGAGAAAGUCAAUUCCAUGAAGUCCUGGCUGAGCAAAGUGGGGAGCCCCAAUUCUCGAAUUGACCGUGCGGACUUUUCCAAUGAAAAAACCAUCUCUAAACUUGAUUACUCUAAUUUUAGUAUUCGGUAUUAGAAGAGAAACUGACACUGGAAUGCUUAUGGCUGUA